GGACAGAUAAUGCAAGCAUUGUUUGUAGUUUUCCUGCUUUAUAUCUGGAAUAUCGUUUAUGGUCAAAUCCGCUACGCUAUUUAUGAAGAAUUGAUGCAUGGUGCCUUCGUUGGGAACAUUGCUCAAGAUCUGGGACUGGACCUUAGAGAGCUGUCUAGUCGCAGACUCCGCAUUAUGUCUGCAGUAAAGAAAAGGUAUUUCGAGGUUAAUUUAGAGAAUGGCGUUUUGUUUGUGAAUGAAGUGAUAGAUAGGGAGCUCGCGUGCGUACAGAGUCCGACUUGUUUUAUGAAUUUGGAGGUUGUUGUUGAAAACCCAUUGGAACUCUAUCGGAUUGAAGUAGAGAUUUUAGACGUAAAUGACAAUUCUCCCAGUUUUCCGAAUGCCGAGAUCCGCUUGGAAGUCCUCGAGUCAGCGCCGCCAAGAACUAGAUUCCUUCUUCAGAGUGCCCACGAUCCAGACCUGGACAUUAAUUCUGUUCGAUUCUAUUAUCUCAACCCGAAUGAAUAUUUUGCAUUGGAAGUGCAGAACAGCGGGGAUGAUAGCAGGUUUGUGCACUUAAUGUUGGAGAAGUAUCUGGACAGAGAACAGCAGCCCAUUCAUCAUUUACUUCUGACUGCUGUGGAUGGAGGUACACCUGAACGAACUGGCACAGCCCAAGUUAUCGUUACUGUCCUCGAUGUCAAUGACAACUCUCCGGUGUUUGGCCAAUCGUUCUAUAAAAUCAGUUUAAUGGAGAAUGUACCAAUAGGCACAACAGUUAUCAAAUUAAAUGCCACCGAUAUGGACGAGAGCACAAAUGCGCAGAUAAUGUACUCUCUCAGUGACCUUUCACCAAGCAAGGUCCGUAAACUGUUUCGUAUUGACACCCAGACGGGGAAAAUUACAGUAAAGGGGACUAUAGACUUUGAAGAAGCCAAAACUUAUGAACUUCUAGUGGAAGCCAAGGAUAAGGGUCCAUUUGCACUUCCUGUGCACUGCACUGUCUUCAUUGACGUCAGUGAUGUCAACGACAAUGCUCCUGAAAUGACUUUGAUGUCAGUAUCUAAUUCUGUCCCUGAGGAUGUACAUGUUGGAACCGUGUUGGCUCUAAUUAGUGUUACCGACCAAGAUUCUGGGGACAAUGGGCUAAUUAGUUGCGUGAUACAUUCCAACCUACCGUUUGAACUCAAAUCGACAUUUGUAAAUUCCUACACGGUCAUUAUCAAACAUGCUCUUGACAGGGAAAUCACAUCUGAAUACCAAAUUGAGAUCUCCUGUCGAGACUCCGGGUUGCCUCCUUUAUACACCAACAAAACUAUCCAGGUACAAGUUACCGACGUAAACGACAACCCCCCACGUUUUGCAGAUAAUUUUCACACGGCAUACGUAACGGAGAACAACGCGUUUGGGGCUUCCAUCUGCUCAGUCUCUGCUUUUGACCCCGACUUGGGUCCAAAUUCGCAUAUUUCCUAUUCUAUUCUGGAUAGCCAGAUUCAAGGCUUGCCUAUCACUUCAUACGUCUCCAUUAAUUCGGAGAAUGGGAUCAUCUUUUCACAGCGCUCAUUUGAUUAUGAACAACUCAAAAAUUUUCAGAUCCAUGUUCAAGCGCAGGAUGCCGGAUUACCUCCACUAAACUCCAACCACACGGUGAACGUAGUCAUUCUGGACCAAAAUGACAACGCUCCUGUAAUCGUCUUCCCGUUAACAAGAAAUGGUUCGGAAGUAACCAUUCCGCGAAUCGCAGAUCGGGAUUAUUUGGUGGUCAAGGUCAUAGCUGUUGACGCGGAUUCUGGACAAAAUGGACGCCUGUUUUAUGAGCUUGUCCGAGCUACAGAUCAAAGUCUCUUUGCCAUGAGGACUAACUCAGGAGAAGUGAGGACGACCCGCCAAAUUGAGGAUCGAGAUCUCGCAACACAAGUGAUAGUUAUAAUGGUGAAAGACAGUGGACAUCCACCAUUAUCAACUACCACUACCAUCACACUUUCUAUAGUAGACAGUGUUGAGGACGCUAUUCACGCUGUUACAUUUAUGCCUAGAAUCCCCGAGUACCCCUCUAGUGCAGCCCUUUAUAUAAUAAUAUCAUUAGGUGCCAUUACAUUAACACUAAUGCUUGCCUUGAUUGCACUUGUUUUUACAGUCUGCCGCAGUUCAAAUGAUGACGAGGAUUGGUGUUGGUGUGUUGAACACAAUGACACAGAUACUAUAUACCGAAAUUCUAAUCUCAAUUUCCAAACAGUACCAGACUCUAGUUUAAUAAAAAAUGUUAUUGAAGUGCGUGGGUCGGGUUCCCUCGCUCAAACCUACUGCUAUACACUUCGACCAGGUCAGGAGUCAGUUCAAAACGAUUCCAAGAUUCUUCCACCCUCAAGUGCAAACCGAAUAAGGUACCCACCCGAAGCUGUGAAUAGUUGUUUUUCAAAAUGGAAGGCAAAAGAUAGGAACAACACAAUUCUAGCCAGUGAGGUAAGUGCUGAGAAUGUUGACUUCACGUCCUUAUAUUUUUAUAUCCUUCUUUAUUAA